GAACUGUCCCUGGAAAAUGGGGACACCCGGAAGGUCUGUGAGUGGGUUGGUUCCAAGUGCUCACCGUUACUCAAAGCACAUUAAAUCCCACAGCUGGGGCCUGGGUCUGAUGGUGGGGAAUAACUGGAGCUCCGCUGCCUCUCCUCUCCACUUUCCAGGAGCUGACAUGGCCUAUCAGACGGAGUUCAUCAUCGAUGCCCAGCCACAAGCUGCUGGCGCCAGCUACACUUUGAGCAACCAAGGGGCUUGGAAUACAGACCUGUUUGACUGCUGUUCUGAUAUGGGCAUCUGUCUCUGUGGUACCUUCGUUCCGUGCAUCCUUGCCUGCCGUGUGUCAGAGCAGGCAGGUGAGUGCUGCUGCCUCCCAUACCUGCCUGGUACUAUCGUCGCUCUGCGGACCAGUGUGCGCGAGAGAUUCCACAUUGAGGGCUCCAUUUGUGAGGACUGGGUGGUCAUGGCCUGCUGUCCAUUCUGCGGCCUCUGUCAACUCGGCCGAGAGCUGAAAAACAAGAACUGAAGCAGAAGGGAAGCUGGCAGACAUUCUUCACUCCUGCAGGGAGAACGAAGUACAGUGGUGCCCCGCAAGACGAAUGCCUCGCAAGACGAAAAACUCGCUAGACGAAAGGGUUUUCCGUUUU